AUUUUUCUUUGUUCUUUUUUCUUGAAAAACAAAAAAAACAUUGAUAAUAAUUGUGGUGUACAAAUUGGUAACAAAUUUGUUUAGUGCGAAUAAAGCUUACUAACAGAAUCUGAUAGUUGACUGUAAAAACCGAGUGAUUUGUCACUUCAUAAAUAUUUAAAAGGAAUACAUUAUUUAAAUAGAUAGAACGUCAAAUUCUGUUGGUUCAGUCAACAUAAUCUUAUCUUAUUACAUUUCCGCUAGUAUUUUGCUGCUCAAAUUUGUAGCAAACACAUUCCAUACAGCACAUUUUAUCCAAGGGAUAUCUUGGGAAUAUCUUCUGGAGUAUUUAGAAUACCUCUUGGUCUGUGCUAUAUUUCGCAAAUUUGCAAAAGCCAUUUUAACAGAUUGACUAUCAUAAUGCAUUCUUGCAAUAAUACAUGCAUUUAUGUGUGCAUGUACGUAUGCGUAUAUGACGUAUGUGACGUUUCAUGACAAGACAUUUUAAUUAUUUCUCAUCUGCAAAAUAUAAACGCUCCGAAAACAUAGAAUAAUGCAGAGUAGAAUGACAACAAAAGAAAGUGAGAAAAGGAACGUGGAAUUUCAUCGUGUUAUAUCGAAAAACAAUAUGGCCUCUGCAAUGCUGACGCUGACAGGAUGAUUUCGUGAAAAAUGAGUACAUCGUGUCGUUUACUUUAAAGUGCUUUUAAUCAGAUGAGAUUUAUUUCAAUGUGCCACGACUUUUGAGGAUAAACUAACGUCGAGAAAGGCCAGUUGAAUUAAAACCAUCAAAUGAAAUAAUGGAGCAUAAAAUUCCAUCUGGUAUCCUGGAUGAUCUCAGCAGUCGAUUCAUCAUCAAUGUGCCUGAAGAGGAGAGAAAAGAUUUGGUACGAAUCUGUUUUCAAAUCGAAUUGGCGCAUUGGUUUUAUCUUGACUUCUACUGCACAGAAGAGUAUCCUAAACUGAGAUCGUGUGGUAUGAAGGAAUUUGCCACUCACAUAUUUCAGCACAUACCUUUUUUGAAACCACAUGUACAGCAUAUUGAUGCUGUAUUGGAGCAAUGGAGAGAGUACAAACAGAAUGUGCCAACGUUUGGGGCGAUUGUGUUGAAUGAAGAUAUGACUAAAGUGCUUUUAGUGCAAAGCUACUGGGCAAAGAACAGUUGGAGUUUUCCCAAGGGAAAAGUAAAUGAGGAUGAGGAACCCUUUCAUUGUGCCAUUCGAGAAGUUUUGGAAGAGACCGGCUUUGAUAUAUCCAAUUUAAUAGAUAAAAAUGAAUACAUCGAAUCUGUAAUAAAUGAUCAAGUAGUAAGGUUGUAUAUCAUUUCGGGCGUGCAGAAAGAUACAAAAUUUCAACCGAAAACACGUAAAGAAAUAAAAAAUGUCGAAUGGUUCGCCGUAGCGGAUUUGCCUAAUACAAAAAAAGAUAUGACUCCUAAGUUGAAAAUCGGCGUCGGGCCAAAUGCGUUUUUCAUGGUAGUGCCAUUUGUCAAGCGAAUGAAGCGGUGGAUUCAAGAGAAACAGCAACGUGAGAGAAACGCCAUCGCAACUAUAAGAAGACAGAGACACAAAUCGUUGGGGGACGUCGAGACGGUUUCGAAGAGCAAACGGCAACAGCAAUCACUCUUUCAUCACUUUUCUACUUGUCCACCACAAACCGAAGUCCCCGACUUCAAAAUUGGCCGUCAAUCAAAUACGUCUCCGGCCCGCAGUCGUCGUGGUGCAAAUGACAAUAAAAAGGAUACUGUUCUGAAAACAGCAUUUAAACGAAAUCUAUUUGGAGACCAAGAAGAAGAUCAAUCAUCUCUUGCAAAACAUUUGAUAGACAGCCCUGCUCAACAGCCAUGCUCUUUUUUAAUUGAUCCCGCAAUUCAAUCGAUCAAAUAUAAUGAUUUUAGUUACGAGGCGUUACCUUUGAAAAAGGAAGCAGAAAAUUUUCGUAAGAAGAGUUUGCCGGAAGGAAAUAUCAAAUCAUUGCUGUUCGGGGAAGCCGCACGCAAAUUGCAAAAAGAUUUUAAAACCAUUCCACCGCCCCCCUUUGUAAGUCUCGAACACGAUAGUCCACAUUUAACGAAAAAUUACAUGAACAAACCAAAUUACUCUACCUAUGAAUUUCGUGCAAAGAGUUGGGAUAAUUUUAGUUUUGAUAUCCAGGCGAUAUUACAAGCUUUAAAAUAGCAUACAUAUAAUAUCUCAGAAAAAGUUACAAAAUAGGAGAGGUAUAGAUAUUAAUUUAGAGUUGAGAAUUAUUAGUUCACCUAUCAUUUGACUUAUCAUUUAUUUUUGUUGGUCCUACACGUUUUUAAAACGUGUAGCUAUAUCUAUUCAGUUGAAUAUAUUAUCUAAUAUUGAUAAAAUCAUUAUUAGAUAAUAUUGAUAAACUUGAUAUAUUUGAAUUUAUUUUAAUGAUCUCGAAACUUUCAGAGUAUCUUUAUUAGUUUAUAUAUGUCUCCUGAUACAAUUCUAUCAUGUAACAUGACGAUAAACUUGAAAUGCAAAUUCACUACUUUGAAUUUGCUAUUAUCAAAAGAAUCUGAUUAUAUUUAGAGGAAAAUCUACUUGGAGGAAAAUAUCAAGUUGCUUUUUUCGGGAGAAAUCAUGUCAAAUUGUAAACGAAAUUUUAAGUAUUUCAAGUUUUUUUACAAAUUGAAACAUGAUAGUUAACUUCAAUUUGUUGAACUUACCAAAUCUUGGUAAUCCAAUAUUUUCGAUAUAGAUUGUAAGAAGUUAUUUUUAAGUCACGUUGUACAAAUAAUAGUAAUUAUUUAUAUUUAUAAUUAUUGAAAGGAGAUUAUAGCGGAUAAAUCACUUGAUAUAC